AUGCCUGGAUCUAUCCAAACAAACAGAACAAGACGCAAUGAAGAGAAGCAAAACAUUUCUCAUGACAUGUCUGUAUUAAUUCCAGGAGUAUAUCGUCCACGAAACAGAUUAUUUAACAACCAGAAACAUUCACGUUAUCAGAGAGCUGUUCUUAAAAACGGGGAAAUAAAUGUUUACCAUAAACACGGUAUGAAAUUUUUCUCCGACUUCUUCCUUGCUCUUGUUGAAGUAAGGUGGAGAUGGACACUCACUUUUUUCUUCAUGGCCUUUACUGGUAACUGGCUUCUUUUUGGAUUUAUUUAUUGGAUUAUUUCCUACAUACACGGAGAUUUCAUUGAAUCACACCUUCCAGAGAAUCUGAAUACUACAUAUUUCACACCUUGCAUUGAGAACGUUUUUGGUUUUACGUCGACAUUUCUUUUUAGUGUAGAAGUUCACACGACAGUUGCAUAUGGUCGAAGAUCGAUAACUUUAGAAUGUCCGGAGACUAUAAUUGCUAUGUGUUUGCAAUGUAUUGUAAGUUCUAUAUUCCAGUCAGUUAUGAUCGGAAUAUUAUUUGCAAAAUUAACAAGGCCUAUAGCUAGAACUCAAACAAUACUUUUUAGUAAGUACUCUGUUAUAACUACGAGAGAUGCACAAUUAUGCCUAAUAUUCAGAGUUGGUGAUGUGAGAAAAUCAAGAAUACUUAAUAUUAUUCCCAAAGCCUAUGUAUUAAGAUAUAACACUGACUGCGAAAAUAAUAUAUCAAGCGAAGAGCAAAUAGAGUUAAAAGUUGAAAUCGUGGAAUGUGAACCAAUAUUCUUUUUAUGGCCUAUUCACGCAGUUCACGUAAUUGAUGCAAAUAGUCCUUUUUAUCGCACAUCUGCAGCAGAUUUUCUUUGUAGUAAAGUAGAGAUAAUAGUUGUGUUUGAAGGAAUUAUAGAAUCUACUGGACAGCCCAUUCAGGCGAGAUCUAGUUACACCGAAAGUGAUAUCUUGUGGGGUCAUAAUUUUGUAUAUAUGGUAUCUUAUGAUAGUGAUAAACUUAAGUAUAACGUAGAUUUUUCAAAAUUAUCAGAAGUGGAACAAGUUGAAACGCCUUUAUGUUCUGCGGAGGAAUAUGACUCUCUGGUGAGAUCACUUGCACCGUCUUUAUAA